AUUUGCACCUGACAGGUGGCGCAACCUGUACAUUUUUUUUUCUUCUGGUGUACGCUUCCGAUCAACGGAGCUUGAGGUGUGGCCGUAAGCGCAACGAUUACCUCCAAAGUUAUGUUCGCGUGACGAAGUUUUCUUUUAACCGGUAAAUGCCGGAUCACUCACGAACCGUGCAGCUCACCCUGUGAAAACACCAUGCCUUGGAACAGCGUGUUGGUCGUCGGCCUCGUCUCCUUCGUUGGGAGUGCGAUCGGCCAGAGCUGCCCGAAAGGGUGGGACGACUAUGGGACGUCCUGUUACAAGUUCAACCGAUCUCCAACGCGAACACGGGACGGCGCCAAGGAAGCCUGCCAGGCCUACAACUGCGAGCUGGUCUCCGUGAACACCUUCGAGGAACACCGCUUUGUUGUGGAAUGGCUCAGGGAACACGACCCGCAACACCGGAGGUGGUUCACCAGUGGAUUUGAGAGCGGAGAGAAUGUCUGGACCUGGGAGGGUGACAACACACAGUUCAGCAACAUUGACUCCCUCUGGCUGCCUCAGCAAGACGGCUACCUCUGGAAAUACGUCUCUUACAACUUCUCGACCGAGCUGAAUCGCUGGGGACUUCAGAAAGUGGCUCCUGGCGAUGAACUGGCUUUUAUAUGCGAGAUUCCAAAAGAGCGUCUCUUCCAGAUCUACAUCCAAGAGCGUCCAAUUGAUUUCGGUUACAUCAUCACCAACCGGGAAGAGGUACCUCGCGGUCCCUAUUUCACGGAGGAACCGGAAGAGGUCAUCUUCGAUUUGAGCGGGCGCAGCCAGAUGAACGAGAUCUCGCUCCGUUGCGUCGCUUCCGGUUACCCGCCGCCCGUCUACAAGUGGUUCAAGGAGGAGUACUAUGACGACAAACUGCUGAACAUCUACAUCGAUCCACUUUCGAACGGACGCUACACCCAGACGGAUGGCACACUCGUUAUCCACGACCCAGACCAGGCCAAGGACAGGGGCAAGUACCACUGCACGGCCGAAAACAAGUAUGGCCGCGUGCUGUCCCGGUCGGUGUCCCUGGGCUUCGGCUACAUUGGCGAGUUCAACAAGAACAGGGCCGGAGACAGCGGCAAAGAAUACUGGGGCAAGUCGAUCGCCUGCGAUCCGCCGCAGUUCAACCCGUCUGUGCACUACUUUUGGGUGCGCAACUCCUUCCCUGAGUUUGUGGAGGAGGACAACCGAGUCUUUGUGUCGCACGACGGCAACCUGUACUUCUCGUCCCUGGAGAAGAUAGACAACGCCAACUACUCGUGCAACGUGCAGAGCAAGAUCUCCUCCACGGGACGCACGGGACCGUACUUCCGUGUCACCGUCGACCCCGCCUCGAGCGGACAGAAACUGCUGUUCCCCAACAACUUCCCCAAGUCGUUUCCCGAAGCUCCGUUGGCAGGAAACGAAGUGCGUCUCGAGUGUGUCGCAUACGGAUACCCUGUCCCGAAGUACAACUGGACGCGCCGGGGCGGUCCCAUGCCCCGGGGGGCUCGGAUAGAGUCGCGGGGACGAGUCCUCCUGCUUCCACGGAUCCGUGUUGAAGACAUGGGGGAAUACGUCUGCAGCGCCUCGACGGGGCAGGACGCCAUCCACAAGGCAGUCACCCUCAGCGUGCAGGCCGCUCCGGAGUUCACGAUCCCGCUGGAAAAUCAGGUGAUGGACGAAGGGACCAAGUUUACGUGGACCUGCGAAGCAUUCGGGAUCCCCGAAGUGACAUACGACUGGUACAGGAACGGCGAGCUACUCGUGGUGAAUAGCAGCAGUGAUCAGCAGGCACGAUACAAGGUGGAUAACAACAUCUUUAUAAUAGAGGAGUUGGUGAGGAAAGAAGACGAAGGGAUGUAUCAGUGUUGUGCGACCAACACGCUGGGGUCAACCUACUCCUCGGCUCAGCUGAGAAUUGUCA